UAGAACCGGUCCUUGUUUCACUCAGGUCAACAACCAGAUGUGCCAGGGCCAGUUGACAGGCAUUGUUUGCACAAAGACUCUCUGCUGUGCAACAAUUGGUCGUGCUUGGGGCCACCCGUGUGAGAUGUGUCCUGCUCAGCCUCAGCCAUGUCGUCGUGGUUUCAUCCCUAACAUCCGCACUGGAGCUUGUCAAGAUGUUGAUGAGUGUCAGGCUAUACCAGGAGUCUGCCAGGGAGGAAACUGCAUUAAUACGGUUGGGUCUUAUGAAUGCAAAUGUCCUGCUGGUCACAAACAGAAUGAGGCAACUCAGAAAUGUGAUGAUAUUGAUGAAUGCAGCAUCAUUCCAGGAAUCUGUGAAGGUGGUGAGUGUUCUAACACUGUUGGAAGUUAUUUCUGUAUCUGUCCACGUGGCUAUGUCUCAUCUACAGAUGGCUCCCGCUGCAUUGAUCAGAGAGCAGGCACAUGUUUCUCCAGCUUGGUGAAUGGUCGCUGUGCACAAGAGCUUCCUGGUAGGUUUACCAAAAUGCAGUGCUGCUGUGAAUCUGGUCGAUGCUGGGCUAUUGGAUCUGUUCCAGAGAUGUGUCCUGUUAGAGGAUCUGAUGAAUACCGCAGACUUUGCAUAGAUGGAAUUCCAGUUGGAGGUGGUUCCAGAGCUGGUGGAAUAGGAGGAAAUGGAUUCCUUCCUGGUGGAAAUGGGAAUGGCUAUGGCGCUGGAGGAACUGGAUUCAUCCCUAUUCCUGGUGGCAAUGGCUUCUCACCUGGCAUAGGAGGAGCAGGAGUAGGAACUGGUGGCCAGAGUCCCACAGGGAAUGGCCCAAUCAUUACUGGACUAACAAUACUCAAUCAGACAAUAGAUGUCUGUAAGCAUCACCCCAACCUUUGCUUAAAUGGGCGAUGCAUACCAACCAUUUCUAGUUAUCGGUGUGAAUGCAACAUGGGAUAUAAGCAGGAUGCAAAUGGAGAUUGUAUAGAUGUUGAUGAGUGCACAUCAAACCCAUGUACUAAUGGAGAUUGUGUCAACACACCUGGAUCCUAUUAUUGCAAAUGUCAUGCAGGUUUCCAAAGAACUCCUACCAAGCAAGCUUGCAUUGAUAUUGAUGAAUGCAUCCAAAAUGGUGUUCUUUGUAAAAAUGGCCGGUGUGUCAAUACUGAUGGCAGCUUCCAGUGUAUUUGCAAUGCUGGCUUUGAACUAACUACAGAUGGAAAAAACUGUGUCGACCAUGAUGAAUGCACUACUACAAACAUGUGUUUAAAUGGGAUGUGUAUAAAUGAGGAUGGUAGCUUCAAAUGCAUCUGCAAACCAGGGUUUGUUUUAGCUCCAAAUGGGCGUUAUUGUACUGAUAUUGAUGAAUGCCAGACAUCAGGGAUUUGUAUGAAUGGUCAUUGUAUUAAUACUGAAGGAUCAUUUCGAUGUGAAUGUCCACCUGGCCUGGCUGUUGGUGUUGAUGGUCGUGUUUGUGUAGACACUCAUAUGCGUAGCACAUGCUAUGGAGGAAUUAAAAAGGGGGUUUGUGUCCGUCCUUUCCCUGGGGCUGUGACAAAAUCUGAAUGUUGCUGUGCCAAUCCAGACUAUGGCUUUGGAGAACCUUGUCACCCAUGUCCUGCCAAGAACUCGGCUGAAUUCCAUGGUCUGUGUAGCAGUGGAGUAGGCAUUACUGUGGAUGGGCGAGAUAUUAAUGAAUGUGCAUUGGACCCUGAUAUUUGCUCCAAUGGAAUUUGUGAAAACCUACGUGGUAGCUACCGUUGUAAUUGUAACAGUGGCUAUGAACCUGAUCCUUCUGGAAGGAACUGUGUUGACAUUGAUGAAUGUUCAGUGAACAGACUGUUGUGUGACAAUGGUCUGUGUCGAAACACACCUGGAAGCUACAGCUGCACUUGUCCAAAGGGUUAUGUAUUCAGCACUGAGACUGAUACGUGUGAAGAUAUAAAUGAAUGUGAAAGCAGCCCGUGUGUCAAUGGUGCCUGCAGAAACAAUCUUGGUUCUUUCAACUGUGAGUGUUCACCUGGCAGCAAGCUGGAUUCUACUGGACUGAUCUGCAUUGAUAGUCUUAAGGGAACAUGCUGGCUGAACAUUCAAGAUGGUCGUUGUGAAGUGAACAUCAAUGGUGCUACGCUGAAAUCUGAAUGCUGUGCAACGUUAGGAGCUGCAUGGGGUAGCCCUUGUGAACGAUGUGAAUUAGACACUGCUUGCCCAAGAGGAUUUGCCAGAGUUAAGGGUGUUACCUGUGAAGAUGUAAAUGAAUGUGAUGUCUUCCCGGGGGUCUGUCCUAAUGGACGGUGUGUUAACAGCAGAGGGUCAUUUCACUGCGAGUGUCCUGAAGGCCUGACACUGGAUGGAACAGGUCGAGUGUGUUUAGAUAUCCGCAUGGAACAAUGUUACUUGAAGUGGGAUGAAGAUGAGUGUGUUCAGUCUGUACCUGGCAAAUUUCGUAUGGAUGCCUGCUGCUGUGCUGUUGGUGCUGCUUGGGGCUCAGACUGUGAGGAAUGCCCUAAGCCUGGCACCAAAGAAUAUGAGGCCUUGUGCCCCAGAGGACCUGGAUUUUCUAACAGAGGUGACAUUCUAACUGGCAGGCCAUUUUAUAAAGAUAUUAAUGAAUGUAAAGUGUUCCCUGGUAUGUGCAUGAAUGGUAAAUGCAGGAAUACAAUUGGAAGUUUCAAAUGCAGAUGUAACAAUGGGUUUGCUUUAGAUAUGGAAGAAAGAAACUGUACAGACAUUGAUGAAUGCCGUAUCUCCCCGGAUCUCUGUGGAAGUGGUACUUGUGUCAACACUCCAGGAAGCUUUGAGUGCGAGUGCUUUGAAGGCUAUGAAAGUGGGUUUAUGAUGAUGAAGAACUGCAUGGACAUAGAUGAAUGUGAACGUAACCCUCUCUUGUGCCGUGGUGGAACUUGUGUGAACACAGAAGGUAGCUUUCAGUGUGACUGCCCUUUGGGACAUGAACUGUCGUCAUCACGUGACGAAUGUGUGGAUAUAAAUGAAUGCUCGUUGAGUGAUAAUCUCUGCAGAAAUGGCAAAUGUGUGAACAUGAUUGGAACUUAUCAGUGUUCUUGUAACUCGGGAUAUCAGGCUACUCUAGACAGACAAGGCUGUAUUGAUAUUGAUGAAUGCAUGAUAAUGAAUGGAGGCUGUGAUACCCACUGUACUAACUCAGAAGGCAGCUAUGAGUGUAGUUGCAGUGAUGGUUAUGCUCUCAUGCCAGAUGUCAGGACAUGUGCAGAUAUUGAUGAAUGCGAAAAUAACCCAGAUAUCUGUGAUGGUGGGCAAUGUACUAAUAUUCCAGGAGAGUAUCGCUGUCUUUGUUAUGAUGGAUUCAUGGCUUCUAUGGACAUGAAAACCUGUAUUGAUGUAAACGAAUGUGACUUGAAUUCCAACAUCUGUAUGUUUGGAGAGUGUGAGAACACCAAGGGCUCCUUCAUUUGUCACUGUCAACUUGGAUAUUCAGUCAAGAAAGGAACCACUGGGUGCACAGAUGUGGAUGAGUGUGAGAUUGGGGCCCACAACUGUGAUGCACAUGCCUCAUGCGUCAAUGUCCCAGGAAGCUUCAAAUGCAGCUGCAGAGAGGGUUGGGUUGGAAAUGGCAUUAAAUGUAUUGAUCUUGAUGAAUGUUCAAAUGGAACCCACCAGUGUAGUGUGAAUGCUCAGUGUGUGAACACACCUGGAUCAUAUCGCUGUGCCUGUGCCGAAGGGUUCACAGGAGAUGGAUUCACUUGUUCUGAUGUUGAUGAGUGUGCAGAAAAUGUUAAUCUGUGUGAGAAUGGACAGUGCCUCAAUGUCCCUGGUGCCUACCGUUGUGAGUGUGAGAUGGGAUUCACUCCAGCUUCAGACAGCAAAUCAUGCCAAGAUAUUGACGAAUGCUCUUUUCAAAAUAUAUGUGUAUUUGGCACCUGUAAUAACUUACCAGGAAUGUUUCAUUGCAUCUGUGAUGAUGGCUAUGAACUGGAUAGAACUGGAGGAAACUGUACAGAUAUUGAUGAGUGUGCUGAUCCCAUUAACUGUGUUAAUGGACUAUGUGUGAAUACUCCUGGGAGAUACGAAUGUAACUGUCCACCGGAUUUCCAGCUCAACCCAACUGGAGUGGGUUGUGUGGACAAUCGUGUAGGCAAUUGUUACCUGAAAUACGGACCCCGAGGGGAUGGAAGCCUAUCCUGCAACACUGAAAUUGGAGUUGGAGUCAGUCGUUCUUCAUGCUGCUGCUCUUUGGGAAAGGCCUGGGGGAACCCCUGUGAGACUUGUCCCCCUGUAAACAGCACCGAAUACAAUACUCUGUGUCCAGGGGGUGAAGGAUUUAGACCAAAUCCCAUCACUAUUAUUUUAGAAGACAUCGAUGAAUGUCAGGAGUUGCCUGGUCUUUGCCAAGGUGGAAACUGUAUCAAUACUUUUGGCAGUUUCCAGUGUGAAUGUCCACAAGGCUACUACCUCAGUGAAGAGACACGCAUCUGUGAAGAUAUCGAUGAGUGUGUUGCACAUCCCGGUGUCUGUGGUCCUGGCACCUGCUACAACACCUUGGGGAACUACACCUGCAUUUGUCCUCCUGAAUAUAUGCAGGUCAAUGGGGGGCAUAACUGCAUGGACAUGCGGAAGAGUUUUUGCUAUAGAAGUUAUAAUGGAACCACCUGUGAGAAUGAACUGCCCUUCAAUGUGACCAAGAGGAUGUGCUGCUGCACAUACAAUGUUGGCAAAGCCUGGAACAAACCUUGUGAGCCAUGUCCAACACCAGGAACAGCUGAAUUUAAGACCAUAUGUGGGAACAUUCCUGGCUUCACCUUUGACAUCCAUACUGGCAAAGCUGUUGAUAUUGAUGAAUGUAAGGAGAUUCCAGGGAUUUGCGCAAAUGGUGUCUGUAUUAAUCAGAUUGGUAGUUUCCGCUGUGAAUGUCCCACAGGAUUCAGCUACAAUGACCUGCUCCUGGUUUGUGAAGAUAUUGAUGAAUGCAGCAAUGGAGACAACCUGUGUCAAAGAAAUGCAGACUGUAUCAAUAGUCCUGGCAGUUACCGAUGUGAAUGUGCUGCGGGUUUCAAACUUUCACCCAAUGGAGCCUGUGUUGAUCGCAAUGAGUGCCUGGAAAUUCCUAAUGUUUGCAGUCAUGGCUUGUGUGUGGACAUGCAAGGAAGUUACCAGUGCAUCUGUCACAAUGGUUUUAAAGCAUCCCAGGACCAGACUAUGUGCAUGGAUGUUGAUGAAUGUGAGCGCCAUCCAUGUGGAAAUGGAACUUGUAAAAACACGGUUGGAUCAUACAACUGUCUGUGUUACCCAGGAUUUGAGCUCACUCAUAAUAAUGAUUGUAUGGAUAUUGAUGAGUGCAGUUCCUUCUUUGGUCAGGUGUGCAGAAAUGGACGAUGUUUUAAUGAAAUUGGUUCGUUCAAAUGUUUAUGUAAUGAAGGCUAUGAACUUACUCCAGAUGGCAAGAAUUGCAUUGAUACAAAUGAGUGUGUGGCGCUUCCUGGUUCGUGCUCUCCUGGUACGUGCCAGAACUUGGAAGGUUCAUUCAGAUGCAUUUGUCCACCAGGAUAUGAAGUGAAAAGUGAAAGCUGUAUAGAUAUUAAUGAAUGCAAUGAGGACCCCAACAUCUGUCUCUUUGGCUCCUGUACCAAUACUCCAGGAGGAUUCCAGUGCAUUUGUCCCACAGGCUUUGUGCUGUCUGACAAUGGAAGGAGGUGCUUUGAUACCCGCCAGAGCUUCUGUUUUACUAACUUUGAGAAUGGGAAAUGUUCUGUUCCAAAAGCAUUUAACACCACCAAGGCAAAGUGUUGCUGCAGUAAGAUGCCAGGAGAAGGAUGGGGUGAUCCCUGUGAGCUUUGCCCCAAAGAAGAGGAAGUUGCUUUCCAGGAUUUGUGCCCCUAUGGCCAUGGGACUAUUCCUGGAAUUGAUGAUACACGUGAAGAUGUCAAUGAAUGUCUUGAGAGCCCAGGCAUUUGUUCAAAUGGCCACUGUAUCAACACUGAUGGCUCAUUCCGCUGUGAGUGCCCCAUGGGAUACAACUUAGAUUAUACUGGAGUGCACUGCGUAGAUACCGAUGAAUGUUCAAUUGGGAAUCCAUGUGGAAAUGGCACAUGCACUAAUGCGAUUGGUAGUUUUGAAUGCAACUGUCAUGAAGGGUUUGAGCCAGGCCCAAUGAUGAAUUGUGAAGAUAUAAAUGAGUGUGCACAGAACCCUUUGCUCUGUGCUUUUCGGUGCAUCAACACAUAUGGUUUCUAUGAAUGCACAUGCCCCGUUGGCUAUGAACUGCGAGAAGACCAAAAGAUGUGCAAAGAUCUGGAUGAAUGUGCCGAAGAGCUCCAUGAUUGUAUAUCAAGAGGCAUGAUGUGCAAAAACCUGAUUGGUACCUUCAUGUGUAUCUGCCCUCCUGGAAUGACACGUAGACCUGAUGGAGAAGGCUGCAUGGAUGAAAAUGAAUGCCGAACAAAGCCAGGUAUCUGUGAAAAUGGUCGCUGUGUGAACACCAUUGGAAGCUAUCGGUGUGACUGCAAUGAGGGAUUUCAGUCAAGCCCAUCCGGCACUGAGUGCCUUGAUAACCGCCAAGGAUUCUGCUUUGCAGAAGUGUUACAAACCAUGUGUCAGAUGGCUUCUAGCAGUCGUAAUCUUGUCACCAAGUCGGAGUGCUGCUGCAAUGGAGGCAGAGGUUGGGGUAACCAGUGUGAGCUGUGCCCACUUCCAGGGACCACUCAGUAUAAGAAACUCUGUCCACAUGGGCCUGGCUACACUACAGAUGGAAGAGAUAUUGAUGAAUGUAAGGUCAUGCCAAAUCUAUGUAGAAAUGGCCAGUGCAUCAACACCAUGGGUUCCUUCAGAUGCAUUUGCAAAGUUGGCUACACCACUGACAUAAGUGGGACAUCCUGUGUGGAUCUUGAUGAAUGCUCUCAGUCUCCAAAACCAUGCAACUUUAUCUGCAAGAACACAGAAGGAAGCUAUCAGUGCUCAUGUCCGCGUGGCUAUGUCCUCCAGGAAGAUGGAAAGACGUGCAAAGAUCUUGAUGAAUGUCAAACCAAGCAACACAAUUGCCAGUUCCUCUGUGUUAACACACUUGGGGGAUUCACAUGCAAAUGUCCUCCAGGUUUCACUCAACAUCACACAGCUUGUAUUGAUAACAAUGAAUGUGGUUCACAGACAUCACUUUGUGGAUCAAAAGGAAUCUGUCAGAAUACUCCUGGGAGUUUCACUUGCGAGUGUCAGAGAGGAUUCUCUCUGGAUUCUACUGGACUCAACUGUGAAGAUGUGGAUGAGUGUGAUGGAAAUCACCGGUGCCAGCACGGCUGCCAGAACAUCCUGGGUGGCUACAGGUGUGGAUGCCCACAAGGGUAUAUUCAGCAUUACCAAUGGAAUCAGUGUGUUGAUGAAAAUGAGUGUUCCAACCCUAAUGCUUGCGGCUCUGCUUCUUGCUACAAUACACUCGGAAGCUACAAGUGUGCGUGUCCAUCUGGAUUUUCCUAUGACCAGUUCUCCAGUGCAUGCCAUGAUGUGAAUGAGUGUUCCUCUACUAAGAACCCCUGCAAUUAUGGUUGUUCCAAUACAGAAGGUGGCUAUCUCUGUGGCUGUCCACCUGGAUACUACAGAGUUGGACAAGGCCAUUGCGUCUCAGGGAUGGGAUUUAACAAAGGCCAGUACCUGCCUUUGGAUGGAGAUGUAGAUGAAGAAAAUGCCUUAUCUCCAGAAGCAUGUUAUGAGUGCAAACUGAAUGGCUAUUCAAAGAAAAAUAGCAGGAGGAAAAGAAGUGUGAAUGAAACUCAGCCUGCUGAGAUUGAACAGAUUAGCUUGGAAAGUUUAGACAUUGACACUCCUCUGAAGAUGAGGUUCAACAACUCUGGGCUUGGCAACAAGCACCACAUCCUGGAACUCAUGCCAGCCAUAGAACCCCUUACCAAUCACAUCCGCUAUGUCAUCUCCCAAGGCAAUGAUGAUGGCAUCUUCCGAAUCCAUCAGCGGGAUGGACUCAGUUUCCUGCAUAUGACCAAGAAAAUAUCAGUACCUGGCACUUACACACUGGAAAUCAUUAGUGUUGCUCUAUACAAGAAGAAGGAGCUAAAGAAACUGGAAGACCAGAAUGAGGACAACUACCUCCUAGGAGAACUUGGUGAAGCUCUCAAAAUGAGGCUGUGGAUUGAACUCUAUUAGCUGUCUUCCAGAUUUAGUCCAGUUCUUCAGUCACUUCCGUUCAUCUAUUUAUCCACCUGAGCAUGUCUAUUUUUCAAAGCUUUAAGUAGUCAAUGACUUGACUUUUAAAAGAAAAACUAAAAAAGUGGGGGGGGGGGGGGGGGGGGGAGAAAAGAAAAAGACCUCUCUAUCUUUCCAUCCUGCCAAGACUGCAGAAUGACCCUACAGGAGGGGCAACUUUGACUCUGCCAUGGCCAAAUGCUUGAUUACAAUGGCAACCAUGGUUACUGUAGCUUUUAUAUAACCUCAGUUUAAAGUGUAUUAAAAAAAAAGCCUAAAGUUCAAGAGGUCAACAUAUGGCACUAAAUGGCACAAAAUGUGAGCUAUUUUUUUCUGUUAGCAGUCUAUAACACUUUAGGUAUUUUGCUAUAGUUCCUAAUUAAAAAUAUAGAUGUUUAUUUAUUUUUAAUGCAGUAAUAUAUGGAGAAAUUAACAAAUUAUGUAAGCAGAAAGGGAAACGUGCUUGUUUUUCUUUAGAUUUAUAAAUUUGAGCUAUUACAUUUUAGAGUUACUUUCUUAAAAAAAAAUUCCAGUAGAUUUGAAAGAUGUUUCCUUUUGUUUUUGUGCCAGUCGUCCAAAUAGCAUAGGGAUAUUUUUAAAAUAUCACAGAUCUGAAAGAGCACUGUAAUACAUCCUCUAGAUAUUCUGAAGUGCUCUUCAAAACUAUGACUAUUCAAAAUAUGUCUUAAAUGAACUGUAAUUACAACAUUAGUCUCUGUAAAGAGGAUAUUUCACUGCAGGUCACUAGGACGUUUUUCUGUAUCAGCUAUAUCAAAUAAUGGAAGCUGAAGCACAACCACUGUAGCAAAAUACCUUGACUGCUUGUAAUACCAUUAGCAUUGCAGACCAAACCGUACUGUAUUUCCUUCUGAUAACCUCAAGGAACCAGAUGUGCUACCACAACACCUCAUUCUCACAAAAGGUGCUCUACAUACUUGCAUUACUGUAGGCAGCUGAAGAAAAGAGUCUUUUUUUGAAGGGAACACCUGAUGUAUCAUACUAUUUGGUGCUGGCUUGGAUUAAUAGUGCAUUUACUAACAUUGAGCUGUUUCAGGACUGCCAUAUGUGCAAGGCUAAUUAUGCAGUGCAGACAAGGGAAAUGUGUAUUUGAAAUCAAUUUGUUAGAACUUACAUUAAUACUGUAGUUAUACACCGUACGCCUCAUUUUAUCAUAGCUUAUUUUGUAAGAAAGAUGUUUGUACAAUGAGUUGACAUUUAGUUUACCUUAGUAAUUUUUUUUAAUGUUGUACCAUAUUAUGUGUUAAACGUAUGUCUCAAUGGUGCUUUUUUGACAGCUGGUGCCUGUACCUAGUCAUGUAACAGAACUUCAUAAUAUGUGAAACAGCCAAAGAACAUGCCAACUCCAGGGGGGUUUUUUCCAGUUGUAUACCGGUGCUGACCAAAGAUUACUAACAAGUGAUCACUUUUUUAUUAUUAUUAUUUUGUUUAGUUUGGGUGUUUUUUUGGGGAGGGGAACAUUGUAAAUUUUUAAUCAAAUAUUUGUGAGAAAAAAAUGUUUUGUUUGUAGGUCUGUAUCAAUAUGACAACACUUUUCUUGCAAUAAAGCUUAUUUUGGGGUAGGUUUU